AAACAAAUCCGGUUCGGAUACGAUGUUGACAUGGGAUAUUGGAUGUGGCAGUACAAAACUUUUUGCAUAGCAUGAUAAGGCAUGGUCUGAUUUUCAUGAGAAGAGUUAUUUGUUGUAAAGUACCAGUAAUAUUUAGAGUGCGUCAGAUGUGGGUGAAAGGUUUUGCAGUGAAUUCACUUAAUAGGCUUAAUUCUUUAAGCAGAUCAAGGAAGAUAAUCGGUGGAAUAUUAGUGUUCCUAGUCUUUCUAUAUUUACUUGGUUCUAGAAUUCCUAGCAUUGGAAGAAAAUCAACACCAGUUGAUGAAACAGCUUCAUUAUGCAUUGAUGACAAUCUAAGGUUUCUAAAAAGUGAAGUAAAAAAAUAUGAUGCUUUUAUAAAUCACAACCCACUGAAAGCUGGAGAGCAAUUCUACCCAGCUUAUGUUGGAAAUGGAAAGGUAUCGGUAUCGUUGGACAGUGAGAAAGGAAUGUACAUCCGACUUAACAGGGCUUUGUCAUUACCUGUGAAGUAUUAUCCUAUUGUCACGGCACACUUAGAUGAGUAUAGUGCAAAGGAUGCAACAGUGUUGAAUAUUCAUCAUGGAAUUGCAGAAAAGAUACAGUGUUUUGAAGUUGACAAAGGAUGGAGGAGUAAUUGUCUUACAGUAGAAUCCUUGGUUUAUGCCAGUAGGACUAGACCUUCUAUAUUAGUACAAGAUAUCAAAAUCAGAAAUCCUAGUAAAAACUCAGUGGUAGUAAAUUUAGACCAAAUUGGUCAGAUAGAAUUGAAGGAUGCCAAAGUUAGUAAAGCAAGUACUACAGAUGCGACUGGAAUGUCUGUGGAAUAUACAUCAACUCAGGGAGUCAUCCAUAUACCAGAUUCAAAGUACAAAGUACAUAUUGCCAUAGCAACAGUUAAAAUUGGUCCUUCUGUAGCCAUCAAAGCUGGAAAGUCUGUAAGAUUUCAUGUUGUAACAGCAGUUAACUAUACACAACCUGUAGAUCUAAAGUCUAAGGCACCAGAACACUUACAGAGGAGUGUAGAUCAGCUCUUGGAGUCAGUUUUAAAGAUAGAUUAUGCAUCACUUAGAGAAGAGCAUAUUAAAGUUUGGAGAGAUAUAUGGAAAAGUGGUUUUGGUAUCAGUAAUUCCAAGGCAGCUGGUUCCUUGAAUGGAGAUAAAAUCAACACUACAAUAUACUAUGUCCUCAGUAACAUUCAGGCUCCAUUACAUGAGCUGAGUACAACAGUUGAGGAAAAGUCAAAGAUCCAGAAAACUUUACAUUAUCCAGAUAGAUGUUACGGUGGUCACACAUUACUGUUUUAUUCUGAAACAUUAUGGUCAGAGAUAAAAGAUGAGGAGGAUAUUGCCGAUGUUACCUCAACAUGGAUGAUCACAUUAGAGAAGAAAGGAUGUAAUAUUAUAGUCAGAGCAGGUGCUGAAGGAGUAUUACAAGCCAUAUUACUUAGUCUUGGUGGUUUAAGAUUUGACGACAACCAUUUGGAGAUGUCGAUGGAACCAAAGGACCUCCAUAGAGACUUAUUAUUCCAUAGACUUAACUAUGGCAACAAUACACAUGUGAACAUAUCAGUGAUAGUAGAUUUAGACAAUAAAGCUGUCAUACGUGUGUCGUUAGAUAGAAAUGAUCGACCAUACUAUGCCUGUGAUGCUGGGUGUAUAGAUGCACCUAUUGCCUUAAGUAAAGAGGUCGUACAGUUUCCUGUGAAGAGGACAGAACCAUUAACCUCUAUCCUCUAUAUAACAGCUGAUAAACAGCACAUGGAGGAACUUAAACAUACAAUACAUGUCAAGGAGAUUAAAGAAGCUCCUGCACAUGAACACCAUGUCAUUGCAUUACACAAACAUGGCCACCAUUUUGGAGGACUUCCAACUAUAUUUUGGGCUUCUUUAGCAUUCCUUAUAGUUAUAUUCCAUUUGUUUUUAUUUAAACUGAUAUAUAAUGAAUACUGCCAAGGUCAGGAUAGAUAUGGUCGGACUAGAUAUAGUGUGUGAUUGAAUGUUUCCAUGGUAACCAUAUUGUGAUGGUAAUCUUCCAAUGGCAGCUAGCUAUAUAUAGAGACAGGUGUAACAAUAUUUAAAAACAUGAUACCAGUCCAGAAAGGCAACCAGAUAAAAGUUAGAAUCUUUCAAGUGCCUACGAGGAGAAUUUGUGUGAUCAAAAAAUUAAAUUGUAAAAAUGUCUAAAUUAUUGAAAUGCAUUUAUCCUUUGUAAGAUUCAGUGUAGAAAUUCAAAGUUCCCAAAGGUGGUGAUUGGUUCAAUAUGAUUUGAACCAAUGGAUGAUUAUUACAAA